GACGAGCUGGAUGCAACGUGCAGGAUUAGCGAAUGUAUUAAACGGAUUCAACCGAGCAGAGCGUUUAUACAUGGGGCAUGAUUUGCUGAUAUGACGGAUACAGAUUAGGGUGUUUCAGAGGAGAGAUGCAUUGUGCGUUAUGACGAAAAAUCGCGUUUGAGCGGACUUGCGUGGUUUUGUCAGGAGAACCUGCCCUCAACAUUCAUCUUGUUAUGUAAUUCAAAUGGAUGCAGAACGGCAGGAGAAGUCGCCCAUCUAUCUAGCGAUCUUGGCAACAAAAAAAGCACGAAUGGAUUAUACUGAUUGAAAAAGGACAGGGUUGCAGCAUAUGAUCGAAUGCACAGCUUUUUUGAGGGGAGAAUUAUAUUUUAAGUAUUGGAAGUACGUGUGGGCAUCCUGUGGCCUAUCCUGAGGUGUAGCGAGGUCGCGCAACUGCACUCGUUCCGCCGAUCUGGUCCAAGUCUGUUUACAGAGUGACAUCUUCGACGCUCGUAUCCGAAUCCAUGCGGAUUGGUUUGAGAGGAGGCACAUCUGAGGUGUACUCAUACGGUCUGUAUCGUACUGAUUUCAUUCUAGAACAAGCGUUGGUUGUGUGUUACAAUGGCGGGCCAGGAAGAGCAGCCACCCCGGCAGCAGAAGCAGUCGGAGGAGAAGGCGGAGAAGGACAUAGACGAUGCGGAGCUCGCCCUGGCCGGCAUCAAUAUGCUGCUCAACAACGGAUUCAAAGAGAGCGACGAUCUGUUCAAAAGAUACAGGACACAGAGUCCACUGAUGAGCUUCGGGGCCAGCUUUGUCAGCUUCUUGAACGCCAUGAUGACCUUUGAGGAGGAGAAGAUGCAGAUGGCCUGUGAUGACCUGCGCACCACAGAGAGGCUGUGUGAGAGCGACAGUGCAGGUGUCAUCGAGACCCUUCGCAACAAGAUCAAGAAGAGUAUGGACGCUCAGAGGUCCGGGGUGGCGGUCGUUGACCGCCUGCAGAGACAAAUAAUCGUGGCAGACUGUCAGGUCUACCUCGCUGUCCUCUCAUUCGUCAAGCAAGAGCUGUCAGCGUACAUCAAGGGGGGCUGGAUCCUCCGGAAGGCCUGGAAGAUGUACAACAAGUGCCACAGUGACAUCGGCCAGCUGCAGGAGGCCUGCCAGAGGAGGUCCUCUCUGUCGGACAACGCCAACCACAACUCGGCGGUGACCUGCGUCACGGCCGAGGCCCUGGACCGCCUCAAAGGCUCGGUGAGCUUCGGCUACGGCCUCUUCCACCUGUGCAUCUCGAUGGUGCCGCCGCACCUUCUCAAGAUCAUCAACCUGCUGGGUUUCCCCGGCGACCGCCUCCAGGGCCUCUCCUCCCUCAUGUACGCCAGCGAGAGCAAGGACAUGAAGGCCCCGCUGGCCACGCUGGCCCUCUUGUGGUACCACACGGUAGUGCUACCUUUUUUUGCUCUGGACGGCUCAGACACCACCGCAGGUCUGCUAGAGGCCAAAGCCAUUCUGCAGAGGAAGUCUUUGGUCUACCCCAACUCCUCCCUCUUCAUGUUCUUUAAAGGACGAGUCCAGAGGCUAGAGUGCCAUAUCAACAGUGCUUUGGUAUCUUUCCAUGAUGCUUUAGAGCUUGCAUCAGACCAAAGAGAGAUCCAACAUGUGUGUCUCUAUGAGAUUGGUUGGUGCAGUAUGAUAGAGAUGAACUUCGAAGAUGCGCACAGGUCAUUCGAGAGGCUGAAAAAUGAGUCCCGCUGGUCUCAGUGUUACUAUGCCUACUUGACUGGAGUGUGCCAGGGUGCUUCAGGUGACCUAGAGGGAGCCAGCGGGGUUUUCCAAGACGUGCAGAAACUGUUCAAAAGGAAGAAUAAUCAGAUUGAGCAGUUUGCCCUGAAACGGGCUGAGAGACUGAGGAAGACCCCGCCAAGCAGAGAUCUCUGCUUCCUGGGUGUCAUCGAAGUUCUCUACCUGUGGAAAGCACUUCAAAACUGUUCCUCCUCCAAACUACAGAUAAUGAACCAAGUGUUACAGGGUCUGGACGACGUACCUUGCAGAGGUUUGAAACACCUCCUUCUCGGCUCCAUUCACAAAUGCCAUGGCAACACUAAAGAUGCUAUUCAGGAAUUUCAGCUUGCCGCCAGGGAUGAAUACGGCCACCAAAUCAACUCGUACGUACAGCCAUACGCCGUCUACGAACUGGGCUGCGUUCUUCUCACCAAACCAGAGACGGUCGGGAAGGGGAGAUCCUUGCUUCUACAAGCAAAGGAGGACUUCAGCGGCUACGACUUUGAGAACCGGCUCCAUAAAAACGUGAGGGAGUCAUCUGAUGAAGUCCAACGCACUCGUGGUGUUGGGUUGUCCUUUUCAACAGGCACAAGACAAAGCCAGUUUACCUCCUAUUUGUUGUCAUCUUGGAUUUCUGGUUCUGCAGGCGCUAAGCUCUCACAGACUCCUGGGCUUUGAGACAUUGCAUUACCAGUUCCACCCAAAUGCAUCGAUCAUCCCACCAUCGUCUUUGUAACAUUUGGCACACCACACUGAAAUAUCGAAGUUAUCAGGCAAACGUUCAUUUGAAAACAGUGGGUAUUGACAUGUGCUCCGAAACCGUCAAAGAAAUAUACUAGUGGAUCUACCCCCUCUUCCAAUUUAUUUGGUAUUCAAAGUCAGCGUUAUAGACAUUAAAUACUCGUUUUUUUCAUGUUAUAAUUAUUUAUAAUUCCAUGAUGUGGUGAUUGAGGUUAAGCAAUGAGAGUUGAGGUGAAUUAAAACAAUCACGUUAAGAGCAGUGCGACAAUGAAACAGCCGUGGCCUAAAAAAGCCAUCAUGAUAGACGCCUAGUCAAGUAUAGCAGAGGUGAACUUCAAGUUGGGCAUAGUUGAUGAUGGGGUUUAUGAGCCCCCGGUGGCUUUACUUAAUAUGAAUGAGUAUUAUUUCAGGGCACUCGAACUAUAUCGCUCUGAAGCAUGGUCAGCAGGGAAAUACAUAAACAUCUGAACCCUUAGGAAUAUGUACAAAAUAGGUUCUCAUUAUUCGUCCCUCCCUGGGUUUAGCAGUGUGUAGGCGUACAUGUUGUUUUCCUCCGACCUUGUUCACAGCCGACAGUCCAAUGUAACCACGAGUGGGGUUGCUGUCGAGUCCUAGAAGUGAGGGUUGGAAAUGAAUACCAUGUUGAUGCUGCCUCAUCUUGGGUUGUUGAAAUUGAGGUUGUGUUCUUUCAGGAUUAUGGCCUCCGUGUGUUACUUAACUCUCUAAUAAAGUGUUGUCAGUUAUGUCGUAUUUAUGGUGGGAUGUUUUUUUUUACUUCAGAAAAACAUUGCAUUGAUUUCAUCGUUUAUUUUAUUGAAUACGUAUUUAACACAAUAUGCUUUAAAUAAAUAUGCUCCGUUGCUGAGUA